AUGUCAACAACUCAGGCUGCUGGGAGUGUCUUAGAAAAUGCAUCCAGUAGAGCAGACACGGGCUUUGAAUGCAAAUCAAGUGUAACGACUAACGAGUUUGAUGGUUUGUUUAUGAUUGACAGCUUCAUGGAAACUCUGAUGGACCACUCACCAUCAGAUAUGCCCCCGUCACAGAUGCCCCUUUCACAGAUGCCCCCGUCACAGCCCUCCAGCGAACAAUUAGAUAAUGUUCAGUACAAGACGAUUCACAUCAGGACAACAACCAACACAAUCAACAGACCAAACUUCGGGGCACCAUCAGGCACCGUCACAGUGUUGGCAGCGCCAUCACACCCCAGCAUGCUGAUG